AUGUGCAAACUACUGAAUAACAUAGCAAAAAAUGAAUUUGCAAAGGAGCGGACUGCAUUCACUAAUGCAGCCAAGAAAUUCCUGGUUGAAGUGCUUGCUAAGAAGGAUUUAUAUAGUGCAAAUGAAUAUUACAUGUGCAAAAUACUUCUUCCGGAUGUGUUUUCCUGGUUCCCUGUCCCGAUAGAAGAUAAGCCAGUGGGAUGGCGGCCUGACAAAGUCAUGAUGAUAUCUUGGCUAGAAAUUAUAUUUCCAAUUGCAUAUGCUGGACAGUUGCCCAACGCUUUUUUCGAAUUUGUGAAAAUCGUUGGUGGUAAGCAUUACAUAUUCUUAAUACGCGUAUGCUGGUACAGUACCGAGGAUUUUGGGCACUAUGUUACACCAACGUGA